AUGUCCAAAAUAAAACAAAUGCUGUCCUUUGACUCGGAAGAAUGGGACUACAAAGAGCUCACAUCUUUGUUGGAAGACUUGGAUUUGUUUGAAGAGCCAUCACUGAGGUUCUCUCAAGCUCUUUUAGCUUCCUCUGACUUGUUGGCCUUUCUCUUGAAGCGUGGUGGUUGCAAUCCAACCAAAAUUGCAAUUUCCUGCCUACUGUUGAGCCAGGUUUCCAACCUUGUCCUUCCUGACUGUGCUUGGUUGCGAUACACCUGGUUCGCUUUGAUCAUUUUGUCAACGCUGUUCCUGAGCAUGACAGUGCUCUUCAUGGCACACAUUUUUGUCUCCAAGCGUCAACCUGCGUUCAAAUCAGCACACAAUGAACUAUGGGAUCGCAUACAAGAUGGUCGGGCCCUCCGAAACGAAGGAUACGAUGUCUUCCUUCCCUUGGUUGCUACUAGUACUACUACGACUAGUAAUUUCGUGGACCAAGAUGAAAAGGAAGAAAAGGAACCCGAGAUUGAAGUUGAAACCAAUACAAGCAGCAGCAAACAUGGUAUCAUUCUGUUUCCUGGUGCAUUGAUCAAUCAUACUGCCUAUGCAUCCUUGGCGGCCAAAUUGAGCGACCAUGGAAUCCUGGUGGUGAUCAUGUCCUAUGGUGCAAGCCGAUUGACCAUGGAUGUUGCGGAAUGUCAACAGAGGGCACAGUUGGCAAUUUCCGAAGUUACCUACGAAUUGAAGGCGUUGGGCCUUGAUGACUUGGCAGUAAAGGAAUGGGUCCUGGCCGGUCACUCGCUGGGUGGCACCUUGGCGCUCAAUGCGGCUGCCCAAAUGGACAAUAUUGAAAAGGUCAUUCUUUUUGGAGUUGGACGAGAUGCCAUGGGAGUACCAUCUUCUUUCGCGUCAUCGGAUAAACAAGUAUUGGUUAUCAAUGGAUCCAAUGAUCCAUUUGUGACGGAUUGUACCGAUGCCCAAAAGACUGAUUUUCGAGACUGUCUACCACCCACAGCAGCUGGUUCUGAAAAGAAGACAAAGACAACCAAAGGAAGGACUACCUAUGUGACAGUUGAAGGCGGCAACCAUGCCGGCUUUGCACAUUAUGGUCCACAAACAUACCCAAAACAAGAUGGCGAACGAACGCUAUCGAUUGACGAGCAACAGGAAGCAUUUGUACAAAAGACCCUGGAGCUCUUGAAUCUUGUAAAUUUUUGA